UUGUAAAGAGCUUUUAAGCUGGAAAACAUCCAAAAAGUGAUGUUAAUGCCAUUGGAUUAAGCGGUGUCCAUGAGUUUGUACUAGACUAGAAGACUUGGGUCUCCAUCUGAUUCGAAAUUCUAGGGAGGAAUGGAGCUGUAAGAGAAGACCUAAAAGCUAAAACAGAUGAAUGCCAUACCCCCUCUCACACCCGUUUGCAGUACUCAAGUCAUUACUACAUCACUUAGUUGACUGUAACACAGUAGAAGAGCAAGGAAGAAGACGGUUUUUGUCAGGGGUAAACUCCUCGGACUAAUUUUAUUUUUUCAAAAAAAGUUAGAAAAAAGAAAUAUAAUUUGGUCAACGGAAGUAUUUAACAGUCAAUCAUUGGUCAAGGACAUUCCCGUUGGUGAUUAACUACAACCCGUUUGAUUGAUAAUGAUUUGCGAGUAGUCCCACCGAGGUGCCGGGCCGGAUGGCCGGUCGUGACAAAGGCAGGGUUUCUAGUUGGGGGUUCUCAAAUUGAAUUUGCUGCCAAGAAGAUGGCAAGGAGCUACAACAAGGAGAUCCGGUUCGCAAUUGAGGUGGAAAUUAUCGCGUACUUAAGGAGAUAAGCAGCAACCACGUCAAAUUAAGCUGUAAGAAAUGUUUUUCUCUUGCUCAUGUUUAUACUCGAAAGCUAUUCGACCGUGGGAAAGGAUUUAAGCUUAUUAAAGGUUUUUCUCAUUUUUCUGGUGUCUAUGAAAUCGGUUAUUAUACAGCUACUUCAUGUUCGUUGGCAUUAUAUGUUUGUUCAAUUUUAAUGGCCAAAUACAAUGGCAAUUGUGUUCAUGAGCUGAUUAGCAAAUAUGGGUAUCCACCAGAUGGUUUUUUUAGUGAAACAGUUGCUUGCAUGUUUACUAAUGGCGAGUUUACUGAUACUGCUUCUUCGGUGUUAUUUGGUAAAAUUCCUGAGACUGAAGCUUGGUGUUUGGGUGAUUUUCUGUUACAACUUAAAAUGUCUAAAAUGAGUUACAAAUUGAUAGUUGAUGAAGGUCUCCUUGUAACUAUCAAAUCUGUUCGGCGGAUAUAUGAUCGUGGCAAAAUGUUUGAUAGUGUAAAAGGUUGUACUUUUUCUGCCAGUGCUUAUGAAUCAUGUGCUAAUACAAUUACUUCUUGGGAGACUGAUCUUAUUGGGUCACUUUUGAAGUAUGUUUACAAUGGUGAUUCCGUAUGUAAGCUAAUUCAAGAGCCUGGGUACCGUUUAGAUAUGUUAUUCGAGUCUUCAGAUGUGUUUGUGUUUUUCGGAAACGGUGAGAGUCAUAAUGCUUGCAAGUUAUUUGAUAUGAUGUUACAGCAAGUUAUAGGAGUUGAUAUUGCAAAUGCGCUAGGACAGUUGGGUAGAAAGCUUGAGAAUAUAGUGUGGAGUUGGACUGGUUGUGAUGAUAAUAUUCUCUUGCAACUCCAAAUUGGUUUACAUAAUGCUAUGGGGGUCAUACUUGGUGAAUUGUUGAAGGAGGAUGCAAUUCAGAAUGGGCACGGGAAGGUGCUGCGAAUACACUUGGAGGAGUUCAAGUAUCUUCUGAUGCUUCUUUCAGUUUCCAUAAAGGUGAGAAGCCACUUUUGUCUUACGAGAAAAGAAUUCUUUUGGCUCUCUCUUUUACUUCUUGAGAAAAUUCUGAAGAGAAUUUUUCAUUCCAACUGGAUUAGUUUGGACACACCUUACUAUGCUCCAUAUGCUACUUCAUAUUACAACCAAUGGAUAGGUUUAUACAAAAUUGAAUUCAUUUGGUUACGGGAAUAUAGCUGCAUCGAUUUUGUAUUUGCAAGGUUAGUAGGAAUUCUUUUCACGACUGUAGCACUCCGGUUGGUUGUUUGCUUGAGGCGGAAACUGCCCGCAACUUAUGAUGCUCAAUUCUAUUGUUUUCUGGUGCGUGUUCUUGAGCAGGGAUGGAUUUUAAAUAUAUCAACGCCAAGACCUUUUCUCAUCGAAGUUUCUGCGUCCACUUCGCUUAUAGUACCCACAUGUAGUGAAGAGUUAUACUGAUGUGCUUGAGCAGCUAAAGGUUGACCUUGGGGGUUUCAGCCAAGUCUUUUACUCCUUGUCAGCUUAUGGAAGCUAAUGAAAAAGGUGAGACGCUACACCAUUCAGUUGUAUAUAAGGUGAAUCCCGCUGU